AUGCUUCUGCUACUCGAUAUCGACAGCUCUGAGUCGGAAAGCUCAAGUACCGACACGAGUGAUUCGUCGGACAGUGACAGCGACACUAAAGCUUGCGCUUACGAGCGGGAAUUCAACAAGUUGUUCCGCAUUCCCUCGAAGAAGCCCAAAGUUGUCGGUUUCAUCGAGGACGUCGUUCGGCAGUACGCGGCCAACCAAACCUGCAUGCGAGACGUGGCAAGCCGUCUCGACAUGUCAGAAAGCACCGUGUACAGAGUUCUUCAGAGAGUAGUGCAGUUCCUGAUGACGCUGGGACCAUCGGUGAUCAAGUUUCCCGCAGACCUGGAGAACCUCACUAGCAGUUUUGAGAAGGUGUCUGGAAUGCCUGCUGUUAUUGGCUGUAUAGAUGGAUCGUAUGUCAAGAUACAGUGCCCAGACAACAAGGUUGCCUCCACAUACUGCAACAGGCACCAUUACCUUUCACUAACGCUGCAAGCCGUCUGUGACCACAAGAGGCGCUUCCUCGAUGCGUUCACUGGAACCUCCAGCAAAAUGCACGAUUCUCGUGUGUUUAGCUUAUCGCCUCUUUCAAAGAACAUAGCUUCAGUAUGUCAGGGCCGUUAUCAUAUAUUAGGGGACGCAGCAUAUCCACUGCGGGAGUACCUGUUGACACCAUACAGAGAUUACGGUGCAAUGAAUAAGCAACAAAAAGGCUUCAAUUUUAAGUUUUCAGGCACACGAGUGCUCAUUGAAAAUGCAUUCAGCACACUCAAGAAGCGCUUCAGGCAGCUCAUGUACCUGGAGUUGCACACUAUCCACUGGCUCAAUAAGUUUAUCAUAAGCUGCUGUAUCCUUCAUAACUUGGGCAUCGAUUACGGUGAUUAA